AAAUGACUUAAUGUUUAAAUCAAAACAUCAGUUUGAACCUUGCCAGUCUUUGAGGACCUGAAACGUCCCCUUAAGAGCGGUUUACCUGCAAACAACGAAGUAACGCAAGCUGUGUAUUGACUUUUUGGACCGUUUCAGGAUGAAGAAAUCUGAGGCAAGAAAAGAGGGAAGGCAGCCGGAGGUGGUCCUCAAUAUACCAGUACAAGAAUCUUCCACGGAUGAGCAGCAGCAGCAGCAGCAGCAGCAGCAGCCCUACCCAGCCCUGGCUCCUGUUGUUUUCCGCUGCCUUGAACAGACCACACAACUUCGAAGGUGGUGUCUCCAAAUGGCCCAUAGUCCUUGGUUGGAGUACUUGUCUAUACUGAUGGUCCUGUUUAGCUGUGUGAUUCUGUGCAUGAACAAACCCUAUGAAGAGCAACCCACCUACCUUAAGAUUUUGGAUUCUGUUGUCUUUGGAUUCUUGAUCGUGGAAAUGGUCAUCAAGAUGCUGGCCCUGGGGGUUGUUGGCUAUUUUGGCAACAACUGGAACACGUUGGAUUUCCUCAUCAACUUUGGAGAAGUGCUGGACUUCUUCCUGGCACGCUUCAGCCUCCGCUUGAAAGUUUUCCAAGCUUUCCGGCCGAUGCGAAUGUUUGGCAGAAUACAAAUUCUGCGAGUCCUGAUAAUAGUGCUCAUAGACACCCUGCCUAUGCUUGGUCAUGUUCUCCUCAUCGAAAUCCUGGUCAUUCUCAUCUUCUCCGUUGUGGGAAUUCAGUUGUGGGCGGGUCAUCUACACAACCGCUGCUUUCUGGGAGAAGACAUUCCUACAACGUACAACGUUUCCCUGAGACCAUACUUUAUUUCAAGUUGGUCAAGGUACUCCUUCAUCUGUUCGGCUGACAACGAGGAUGGGAUGCAGCGCUGCAGUCAUGUCCCACCUUACAGUGUGGAUGGACAAAUCUGCACAUUGGAUGCUCCCCGUCACCACCACACUUCCGCUCCAAAUGACCCCAGUGGAUGUAUCAACUGGAACCAGUACUACAAUGUCUGUCGUGCAGAGGGCAACAACCCUCAAAAGGGAGUCCUCUGUUUUGACAACAUUGGCUGUGCUUGGAUAACCACAUUUCAGGUGUUCACACUAGACGGUUGGACAGAGAUCAUGUUCUAUGUGAUGGAUGCCCAUUCUGUCUGGAACUUUCUGUUCUUCAUCUUUGCCACCAUUGUUGGCGCUUUCAUCAUGAUGAACGUGUGCUCAAUCGUCACCGCCACCAAUUUCUCCGAGGGCAUGAAGAGAAAGACAGAGGAGCCACAGGUUGGCGCUGUUAGCACAGCAGGACUGUUUCACAAGCUCAUCGGUCACGUGCUGAGGAUCUUCUGCAGAGAGAACAGAAAUACCAGCAGGGAUUCUCCUGAAAGCAGCCAUGGCAGGAGUAAUGCCUUGGGUCAGGUCUUGACACCCUGCCAGAGAAUCCUGAAAAGGACUGUAGAGAGUACUCUGUUUGACCAACUCAUCAUGCUUGCUGUGGGCCUCAGUACUGUUUCCUUGGUCAUAGAGCACCAUGAGCAGCCCAAGAUGUUGACACGUGUGUUAAAGACCAGUAACAUCGUCUUCACCAUCAUAUUCCUCGUGGAGAUGAUCUUAAAGUUGCUGGCUCUCAAGCGGGAAUACUUCAAGAACCAAAAGAACAUCUUCGAUUUUUUCAUCAUCAUCGUCAGUUUUUUGGAGGACAUUGGCGAAACUGAAGGCAAACUAUCAUUGGUUCUGCGGUCAAUGCGUCUGCUGCGGUUUGUGAAGCUUCUUCACUUCCUGCCUCACCUGAAGAGACAGCUGCUGGUGCUCAAGAAGACGUUUGAGGAGGCAAAUGGGCUCUGCAUUCUUCUGCUGUCAUUCAUCUUAAUCUUUAGUAUACUCGGUAUGCUCCUGUUUGGUGGUAAAUUUCGGUUCGAGACGAAACAUGGAGACAUGCGCAAUGCCCGAAAAAACUUUGACAGCCUCCGCUGGGCCAUGGUUACUGUGUUUGAGGUUUUCACCGGGGACGCCUUGAGUCAGGUGCUUUACCAUGCCAUUGCCGCUACAUCCUCAUGGGCCAUGCUUUACUUUGCUGUGCUCAUUGUGCUGGGGAAACUUGUUCUUCUCAAUGUUCUUGUGGGCAUAGUGAUUCUGACCUUUCAGAACAUGUCCAAGCCAACCGACGGUUCCCCUGAGAGUGACCCAACACCGAUUGACGACAGCAACAGAGACAAUGGCCACCCUAGCACUGGAUCUGGCUCUGAGCAGAGCAGAUCCUCUGUGACCGACCCCACCCCUGCACUGCCAGACAUCACUGAGGACAAUGGCCACCCUAGCACUGGAUCUGGCUCUGAGCCCAGCAGAUCCUCUGUGACCGACCCCUCCCCUGCACUGUCUGACAUCACUGAGGACAAUGAAUCUCUGAACUUGAUUCAGAGGAUUGUCCGCUGGUGCAAAAAGCAUGAAGAUUGGUCAUUCUUUGUGUUUUCUCCACAAAACAGGUUCCGAAUGCUCUGCCAGCGAGUGAUCACUCACAGCAUUUUUGAACACGUGGUCCUACUCUUCAUUUUCCUCAGCUGUGUCACCAUCGCUAUGCAGAGGCCUGGAAUAAACCCCAGAAGCACAGAACGAUUCAUCCUGAGAAUAUCCUUCUAUGUAUUUUCCUCUGUCUUUCUGGUUGAGAUGCUUUUCAAGGUCCUAGCUCUGGGUUUGUUCUUUGGGAAGGACAGCUACUGCCGGUCUCCGUGGAACAUAUUGGAUGGUUUUCUGCUGAUUCUGUCCGUGGUCCACAUAUCUAUGAUCCAAAUGGACAAAGCCAACAUACUGAGCAUCCUCAAGGUCUUCCGUCUGCUGCGCACACUUCAUCCACUGAGGAUGCUCAAGCGAGCCCCCAAACUGAGGCUGGCUGUGGAAGCUCUGAUCACCGCCAUUAAACCCAUGGGGAACAUCGUUCUCAUCUGCAGCAUGAUGUUUUUUUUCUUUGGUGCCCUUGGAGUGCAGUUGUUAAAAGGGGGGUUCCACCACUGCGUGGGUCAGGACAUCAAACACAUCACCACGAAGAGUGAAUGUCUCGCAGCCGACUAUCGCUGGACACGGAAGACGUUCAACUUUGAUAACAUGCCUCAGGCUAUGCUGUCCUUGUUCGUGAUGUACACCAAGAAUGGCUGGGUGGACAUCAUGUAUGAUGGGCUGGAUGCUGUCGGAGUAGACAAACAGCCUGUGAAGAACUACAAUGAAUGGAUGCUCCUGUAUUUCAUCAGCUUCAUGGUCAUUAGCUUCUUUCUCCUGGACAUGUUCAUUGGUGUAAUGGUCGGGAUCUUCCAAGAGUGUCAGCAGCAGCAAAGAAUGGCAGAUGGAUUGUUACUCAGUGAGAGAGGAGAAGAAGUGCAGUGUAGAGAGUCUGAGCAGAUUCCCUACUUUGCAAACUACUCCAGACUACGUCGAUGGAUCCACACUCUGUGUACCAACUUUUUCUUGGACAUGGUUGUGAUGGCCACCAUUUUCUUCAGUGUCGUAGUGAUGGCGGUGGAACAUUACAAUCAGCCUGAGUACAUAGAAAGUGUAACAGAGUACUUCUUCUAUGUGUUCACCGCCGUCUUCAUCAUCGAAGUCCUGCUGAAGCUUGUGGCGUUCGGUGUGCUGAGGUUCAUGAAAGACAGAUGGAAUCUGCUGGACAUCGCUGUAGUCCUGAUUUCCGUAAUCAGCAUCAUCUUCAACUUGCUGAAAAUGGACGACAAAAUCCCCAUCAAUCCCAGCAUCCUGAGGAUUUGUCGAGUGCUCAGACUGGCGCAAGUGCUGAAUGCCAAAAACAUAAGAGUUCUGCUCAAGACCAUCAUCAAGACUCUGUCCCAGGUUGGAAACAUUUGUCUCCUCUUCAUGUUCUUCUUCUUCAUCUACGCUGCACUGGGAGUGGAGCUGUUUGGCAAGCUAGAGUGCACAGAGGACUUUCGGUGCCUGGGUUUACAUCGUUAUGCUAACUUCAGGAACUUUGGGACAGCCCUGCUCGCGCUCUACAGAGUGUGCACUGGAGACAACUGGAGUUUGAUUCUGAAAGACACAUUGAGGGAGUGUCCUCCGGGUAGACAUGGCUGUCCCAGCUACCUGCACUGGGUCGCUCCUAUCUACUUCAUCAGCUUUGUGAUUAUGGCCCAGUUUGUGCUGAUAAACUUGGUGGUUGCAGCCAUCUCGCAGGCUCUGGAGGACAGCAAGCAGGAGGAGGACAACGCCCGCAACUUGGUUUUGGCAGAGGAGAAUGUCGGACCAGACCAGUCACAGCCAGACAGAUGAGUCUUACAGGAGAGGAACUGUGGCAAAUCUACAAAGCCCAUUUAACCAUGACCCUCGGUCAGAUCUGAUGGUUGUGGCUCCUGCCAUCACGCCCACAAAUCUUUAACUCAGCAGGGGAUACGUUUUUGAAACUUCCUCUAGUGUAUCGUAAAUAUUGUCUUUUUUAAACAUAUCUUGAUUUCAAUCUUUAUCUUUAAUUUACAGAAGUCUAAUACUCCCCUUUUAAACAUUGUAGCUUUAACCUGUGUAAAUGUAAUGUCAAUUUAAUUUGUAUAGUUGGAUUUUAUUCCUUAUGUAUUUGUUAAUGUAAUGUAAUGAUUUUGUAAUACUGUUAUUUAUUUCUUGUUUCUAAUUUUAACUUUUUAUAAAACACAUUUUAAAGUUGUUGUAUAA